AUGGGACUCCCUAGAUCUGCGGCAAAAACCCUGUGGCCACUGGUGGCCCUCAUCGUCAUCGCCUGGAUCGUAGAACUUUGCGGGCUGCUCUCCCUGCACAGGUCAUGCCAAAAUCAUGAGCACCGGGACUGGUACAGCUUUGCCCAGCUGCCACACGCCGCAGAAUGUGGCAAGGUCCUGCGCUAUCUGUGGUGGGUGGUGUUCCUGCAGUUCCCCCUGGUGGUCGCCAUCAUCUGUGCCCUCAUCGGCUGGCUGGGCUCUGCCUACAAUGCUCUGGCGCGCUUCAGGCUGGCCCUGAUUGGCCUGCUUGCAACCUCCCUGGCGCUGCAUAUGUGGGCCACCAACGUCACCCUCAACCUGGCAGACUCUGACGCGACCCCCUACCUGAGCAAGAGCGAGAUCACCCGCGCCCGCAUCACCCUCGUGGGCUUUGCCGUCGAGUCCCUCUUCACGGCAAGCACCCCACAACCCUACUCUUAUCUAGUGCACAAAUGGGUUGUCAGUAAUGUCACUGCACGUUUUGCCUGCUGGGAGAGACAAGAAGCAUCUGCAGACAAGUCUGAGGCGCUGCUGAUCAUUGCGCUGGGGGACGACGGAGAGGACGUGGCCAUGGAGCCUGGCAUGGGCGUGCGCGAACCUCUCGCCUCCACCGCCCUGUAG